AUGGGGAAGAUAAUUUUCUAUGAGGACAAGAACUUCUCUGGGUGCCAGUUUGAGUGCAGCGAUUCCUGCGCAGACCUGAUGUGCCGCAUCAAACACUGCAACUCCAUUCAGGUGGAAAGUGGCAGCUUCAUGAUCUAUGAAAAACCCAACUUCAAUGGCAACCAGUACUACCUGAAGAGAGGAGACUAUCCUGACUUCCAUCACUGGAUGGGUGUCAAUGACUCUGUCUGCUCCUGUCACCUCAUAUCUACGGAGCCUGGGUUAUUCAACAUGCGGCUGUAUGAGCGUAUUGAGUUUGGAGGUCAGGUCAUGGAACUGGUGGAUGAUUGCCCCAACGUCAUGGACUUCUUCCACACCAAUGACAUCUUCUCCUGCAAUGUGACAAAUGGCAACUGGCUCUUCUAUGAGCAACCAAACUACCGGGGCAGGAUGUACCUGAUAAGGCCGGGAGAGUACAAGAGGUUCAGUGAGUGGGGCGGCAGGAACGCAAGGGUCGGCUCCAUCAGACGCAUUGUGGAUGACUGAUCUGCUCUGAAGGAUCCCGCAUGGAGGUUUCGGAAAGUCUUCAAUGUCAGACAAUAUAAAGUACAACAUACCGUUGUGAUACUCAGUGACAAAGACUGAGCCUCACAAAUUUUACUUUGAGGAUUAAGACAAAAUCGCACAAAAGUUUGGAUAUAUUAUAUCAGGUUGAAUCCCUGAUGUUAGGAGGGACCUGAAAAAUGGACUCACCAUAUAUCAAGAACACACACAGCAACAGCAAAGCGUUUUUGGACCUGUUCUUGAUCAAACACUCUCCAUUGUAAUAAAGCAAUUGCAAAAUGGAGUCUUCAUAGUCCAUUCAGUUAUGACAAGGACCUCAACAGAAUGGACUGUCAAUACUGUAGCCCCAUAGAAUUUAUUAUAUAAGUAAGCUAUUGUGAAAUUUCA